AUGACGUCCCUGUAUGACUUGGCCGAUGUGGCCGAGCUCCGUCAACUACAGUCGGCGGCUAGACAUAAAGUACAGAACGACACGGAUCCUCAACAAGCCCUCACAUCUCCCCGUCUAUUCCGUCAUUUCCUUGGAUGUCGUCUAGAGGAGCUUUGCUUGUCAUCUAAUUGUGGCAGCCAUGAAAUGCUUUUGGUCUCAUCCCAGUCCUUCCGUGAGCAGCACGUGUCCUUCGUGUCCACGGUGUGUGCCCGAUGUCGCUAUCACUUUCACGUGAAAAGCGACUUCCAACAGUCUCGACAAAACGUUGGGGACCAUCUUCAUCACAUGCUACUUCCUUGCCGUACGUCUACUUAUAAUACUGGAUCUGAGAAGGACUCCUACAAUGACACUGUUGGCCAUAUUCGUUACAUCUGCGGAGUAGAUGAAUGCUUCUUCAACAUCGAGAUCUUUAGCAUACUGCCCAGGAUCUCCUUGGAGCAUGUGAUAAAGUUCAGUGACCCGAAACGAACUGCGCGUAACUUGGCAGUUGCCCGGGCUAAUGACCCGGAACGCUAUGUCGACUUUACCGACGCUAUGGCUCGGGCGGACUCCAUACUCCGCACAUACCUCCACGAUGCAUUGCAGAAUAACAGUCAGAAGCAACUGAAAAUUAAUAAACGUAACAAGAGAUUCCUUGUCAGCAUUGGCAAUGACUUUGAAGAUCUUCUCAAAUUUGUCGGGUUCCACGAGGGAGAGGAUGCCGAGACCGGCGAGCCGUGUUGGUUUAUUACCUGUCCAUCCGAUCAACAGAAGCCGACGUUCGUUCGAACCCUGAGAGCUCGUAUGGAAGAUGCUCAAGUAGAGCUUGAUAUUCUCACCGGGUCACACACAAGCCCUGCCUGGGAUUGGCUACUACAGGCCUUUCAAGGAGAUUUCCCAAACUAUGAAGUUGAUAUGGUUUAUACAUCUUCCACCGCGGAGCAAGACUUGGCCUUGUUAGGCUGCCUUGGAGACUAUCAGCCUUUACUGUUCAGUUGGUCGGCUAUAACCCUAGCUAAAUUACGCCCUAGAGACCGUGACUUGUACUUGGAUGCUGGACUCCGCUGCAUUCGUAACCGGAACGAUGAUGCAUCGACCGAAAUCAUCAUAUACAAAUCUCAGUUUGAUGGUGGAACACCUGCCAACAUAAAGCUACAAGAGGCUUUGCAGUUUUUCGGAUCCUCAACGAAAGAUAUUCAGGCAUCUGCAUGGUUUCUGGAGAUGUACUAUGUCAUGGCUAGAUCUAACCCAACCGAUGACUUCAAGGCCAUUGCUCAACAACAUCUUGAGGUUAUCGGCAAUCAUCUAGGAGAAGAUAUUGUGAGCCAAAUCGACCUGGCGGCACUAGCAAAGACAGAAGAUACCGCGUCUAAUAGCUCGGGAAGGAUGAGUAUAUCUUCCGCAGCAAAAGUCCUGAAUGUGGAACCGAACUAUACUGCCGAGAUUAUUCGUGGCUUUGUUGAUCAGUUAGUACAAGAUAUAAGCGUCGAUCGCAAUAAGGUUGUCGAAGCUAUCAUGGUGCUAUCUGAACUCAAGAGCCAGCAGGAUAUGCCGGAAGAAGCAAGAGAACUGAGGCAACUGGCCGAAUUUGUAGGUGCUACUGGAGGGUUACCGUUACUGCCAUCGCAACUUGAAUCAAACUCAGCAACCUCUAUGGACAACCCUCCUGGACUGAGAAACAUCGGCAACACCUGCUAUCUGAAUAGUCUCCUCCAAUAUUUCUACAGCGUCAGGGUUGUGCGUGACCUAGUUCUCAAUUAUGAUCAGGUCAAACUUGAGCUUGACGAGGACGUGGUUCGGCAACGCCGAACGGGUGGGAAUGGUACCACUGUUAGCCUUGAAGAAGCUAUUGUUGCUAGGCAAUUCGUGGAGAUGCUUCAGAGCUUAUUCUCUGAGUUGCAAACGACGAGAGAGUCCGCUGCUCAGCCUUCACAAAAGCUUGCAAAUACCGCACUCUCUUCUGCUAGGGACAUUCUUGAACAAGAAUCCCAGAGCAAACCUCCGCCAUUGCCAGCCCGCCCAUCACCAGCUGCACCGGCCGUUUCAGAAGCAGAUGGUAAUGCAGUUCAGAAAAGACCUGAAGACACGGUUAACAUCACAGUUGAAUCAGUGAACGAAAGCUUAGAAACGGCUAGUUCCCGGAGCUCGCAAACAUUAGUAGACGAAGUUGAGGACACGCCAAUGUCAUACGUCCAAUUAGAAACGGUAGACAAGAAACCAGCUGUUGUCGAGGAAAUAAAAGAUGAUGUAAAAAUGGAUGACUCUGCCGUGCCUUGGUCUCUCGAGGAGAGAAUCGCACAGGUAUCACGUCGACUGGAGCAUUCUGAUCGCUCAGGAACGUCACAACAGGAUGUGGGAGAAAUCAUCGGUAAUAUACUCGAACACUUGAUGCGAGCAAUCCGUGCCGAUGGCCCAAUGCCAGAGAAGCCCGACUUACAAGCCGAUGCCAUUACGAAGACAUUCUUCACCACGAUCGUAAAUUAUACCGUUAAGACGAAGAGGCGGGACUUAACUGACAGACUAGCUUCUGCUUUAGAAGAAAGUCCUUUGAAUGUCGAAAUUGUCCCAGAACGAUGGAUAACGGCAUACCCAGAAGAAGCCGACGUACCCUCGGAAGGAACAGGCAAUAGCUCGGUUAUGAGGUCUAACGUGAAAUGCACGUUAUUCGAAGCUCUAGAUCGAUACUUCUCGUACGAACCGUUCGAUGAUGGUAAUCGCGCUCGGUAUAGUAGCAUCAAGACACUGCCGCCAAUUGUGCAUAUCUGCAUCCAACGUAGCACACCAAAGGGGAAAAACAUGAACCCUGUCAUCAUUCCAGAGAUACUCUUUCUUGAUCGUUACGUGGAUGCCGAGAAGGGAUCGGAUGCUUGGCUUGCUCGCAAAAGGACUUGGGCGAUUAAGGAACGCCUGAAGGAGCUCGGGGGUAAAUCUGCUAACAAUACUCCGAACGCCCCUAUACAAUCUAUAGAGGCGACUGUUGAUCCCAAUACUUCACACAAUAAGGCCACAUAUCCUGACUAUAAAGAGUAUAAUCACACAGAUGCCGAAGAGUUGGCUAAUAUGGCCACAGCAGCACUUGAAGACGCCUCUAAUGAAACUGAUUUACGGCAAGCUUUUGCUGAGGAUGUGAACUUGACCAAAAAGCGAAAGCUUCCAGACUUUCCAGAGUCUGCCCUUUCGAGGAAAAUGAGUAAGGCUCCAUCACCGACAGGCCAUUCGAUCACGGACAAGUUCAGUGACAUUUUGUGGGAGACCCGCAAGCCAUUUGACGAGAUGCAUCAAGAAGAGUUACUUGAGCUACGGCAAAAGGAACAAGCCGCGUUUGAGGGAUUGUCGAAAGAGAAGUACAGCAUUCACGCUGUGAUUUGUCAUCGGGGCGGCACAUCUGCCGGUCAUUAUUGGGUGUGGAUUCGAGAUUUCGAACGCAACAUCUGGUAUCGAUUCAACGACGAGACAGUCACGGAAGAUAGCCGUGGCACAGAAGCUGUUCUGAACGACCUGAACGAGACCGGCGACCCUUACUAUGUUGCCUACGUCCGAGAUGAGAUGAAAGACGAGCUAGUCGAUAUCCCCCCACGUCCCAAGCCUGAGCCCCAGAAUGCUACAGGUGCUAGUGAGGAUAUCGAGAUGAUCGAGGGUGUGGAGUGCGACCCAGUACAAUCGACUGAACCGGUGCGGCCUUAGGGGAAAGUCCGGUUUGCUUUGGAUUAGGAUGGGUGUGAAAUAUCCAAUAUGUUGGCCUCCUUACAUAUACCCCCGAACCAGGUGAUAUUGUCGGCGGAUCAUGACUAUGCGGUUUGCAUUGCGGAGGAGUCUUCGCGAAAUGAAUUUGUGGUACUAGCACAGCACCCCCCAACCCUUGAAUGUGUACUUAGGCAGGCAGACAAGCAAUUAGGCAAAGAGGUACAUGCAUUAGGUAGUUGACGAAAUCAAUCAUAUGGAUCGUGGAUGCAAACUUUCUUGUAGAAGUGUUCUGAAGACUGCAGAUGCUGAAUGAAUAAUUGUUGUUGAUCAUGCCCCUAGGUACUCGAGUCAAGGUAGAUUGCGUAGUAGGUUAGCUAGGUACUCUACCUAGUAGGUACCUAACCUAGGCAGG